AAUCGGCAGCACAAAAUAAACCAAAUGAGGGUAAAACACAGUUAUAUAACAUUGUACUUGAAAGUGGUAAAUCAGUUAAAAAUGCACAUUAUCAAUGGUUAACAACUAAUCUUAGUAAAUGUAUUGACGCUGAUAAAAGUACAAGAUCGUUUAGUGAUAAAAAUUGUGUAAAGGAUUUUUCAGCUAAAAGUGGAGAGCUUAAUGGAUAUACUGCUUUGCUUACUCAAGAUUUUGUAGAUGAACUAAAGAAUAGAGGUGACGUCAAAGUCGUGGAAAAAGAAGGUUUUAUGACAAUUCAGCAUGUCAUUCCACGUGCAGUCCAAAAUAAACCACCAAAAGAUUUGGAUCGAAUAGAUCAAGCAAACCUUCCUUUAGAUGGAAAAUUUAUUUAUCCUGAUAGUGCAGGACAAGGUGUUAAUAUUUUUAUAGUAGAUACUGGAGUUCGUAUUACUCACCAAGAAUUUGAAGGACGCGCUAAAUUUGGGGGAGCUUUUUGUGAUGGCUGUAAUAAUCAAGAUGAAAAUGGACACGGGACCAAUGUUGCUUCGAUUGCAGCGGGUAAAACCUUUGGCGUCGCAAAGAAUGCAUCAAUUAUUGCUGUAAGAGUUCUCGAUGCUAAAGGUAGUGGUACAAAUUCCGAAGUUAUCAAUGGAUUAGCGUUCGUUCUAGAUCAACAUAAUAAAGGAACAAAUAAAAAUUCAGUAGUCAACUUGUCUCUUGGAGGACCUUUUUCAGAGGCAGUUAAUUUAGCAGUCGAAAGUCUCACAAAAGCUGGAGUCCACGUAGCUGUAGCAGCAGGAAACGAUGGCGAUGAUGCAUGUAAAUCAUCACCAUCAUCCGAACCAACAGCAAUCACCGUCGGAGCCACAGAAGACAACGAUGCCCUCGCAGGUUUUUCCAACAUUGGAAAAUGUGUUGAUAUUUAUGCGCCAGGUGUAAAUAUUCUAGGAGCAGGAAAUAAAAAUGAUAAUGAUACUUUAUUAGCAUCAGGAACUUCCCAAGCGACACCACACGUCGCUGGUACACUUGCACUUAUAAUUGCCAAAAGCGGUAACCAAAGUCCAGCAGACAUGGCCAUAGCAUUGAGUACGUUGUCAACUAAAAAUGUAAUAAAAGGUUCUAAUGUUACUAUUAAUGAUUUUUUACGCGUACCGGCGCCAUAA